AGAUGUCCGCGAUUCACUCAUCUUGACCAGAUCAGGUUAAUAUCAAAGUGAUAAAUCGUCCCAAACUUUUUCUGGCACUUGCUGCCGGCAGAUUUCUGGCUGUGCGCAUGUGCGAAGGUGUCCAGACUGACAAUGCUGGAGAGAUAGCGCGUUUGGAUUGAGAAACCCAGAGAAAAAGGACAGAGAAAAAACAAAAAGGAGGAAAAAAAGAUUGACGAAAAAAUCCAAACAAACCCACGCCGAGAGACUGGCACCAUGAGGUCCAAAGGCAGGGCACGGAAACUGGCCACGAGUGACGGAGAUGAUAAGAUACCUCUUUAUCCAUCCGACAUCUUAGACGACGUAUGCGGCUCUGAUGGGGAUCCUACACCUUCUUCGGCCCUGCCAGAAGACCCGGGAUCACCUUCACUCUCUGACGAUGAGUCCUCUCCACAGGACCAUCUGUCAUUCCAACACCAAAGCAUCUUUUUCCCCCAAGAAGAUCUGAGCAUUCCCUUUGACUUUGAAUUGCGAGAGUCAACCGUCCCAUCUGGAGGGCUGGGCAUCUGGAGCCGCAGGAAGGUGAACGUCGGGGAGCGAUUUGGACCAUAUGAAGGAGAGCACAGGCCUUGUCUCCAAGAUCCUACUCAAGGCUGGGAGAUCUUGGAUGGGUCAGGCCAUGUAAAAUUCUGCGUGGAUGCCAGCAAACCAGAUAUCGGGAGCUGGCUGAAGCACAUCCAGUUUGCCCCUGCAGCCAAGCAGCACAACCUGACAGCGUGCCAGAUAGAUGAUCAGAUAUUCUACAAAGUCACCAGAGAGAUUUUUCCUGGCCAGGAGCUGCUACUUUUCAUGAAGGCUGAAGAGUAUUCAUGUGAUACGAUGGCUCCUGAUAUUCAUGAGGAGAGGCAGUACCGCUGUGAGGAUUGUGACCAGCACUUUGAGUCCCGCAACCAGCUGCUGGACCACCAGAAGAAGCCGUGUGGGAUGCCCCCCUCCUCCUUCCUGAACCCAGGAGGCGACAAUGACCUGAAAGCCCAAGAACCUCAAGACUUGCGACCCCUCCACAUGUCCCAAGGACUACACGAAUGUAAAGAGUGUGACCAGGUCUUCCCUGAUGUUCAGAGCCUGGAGGCCCACAGCUUGUCCCACAGUGAGGAGAGAGAAUAUAAGUGUGACCAGUGUCCCAAGGCCUUCAACUGGAAAUCGAACCUGAUCCGACAUCAGAUGUCGCACGACAGUGGCAAGCACUAUGAAUGUGAAAACUGCUCAAAGGUGUUCACAGACCCCAGUAACCUCCAAAGGCACAUUCGCUCGCAGCACGUCGGGGCGCGUGCUCAUGCCUGUUCUGAGUGUGGCAAGACGUUUGCAACGUCUUCAGGCCUCAAACAGCAUAAGCACAUCCACAGCAGUGUCAAGCCCUUCAUGUGUGAAGUCUGCCACAAGUCCUACACCCAGUUCUCUAACCUUUGCCGCCACAAACGCAUGCACGCUGACUGCCGCACACAGAUCAAAUGUAAGGACUGUGGGCAAAUGUUCAGCACCACCUCUUCCCUCAACAAGCACCGGCGCUUCUGUGAAGGGAAGAACCACUUCACAGCAGGAGGGCUGUUUGCCCAGGGUAUGCCACUCCCUGGGGCCCCCGGCUUGGACAAAUCAGCUCUUGCAAUGGGUCACAGCAGUGCAGGACUUGCUGAUUAUUUUGGGGCUAGCCGACAUCACAGCGGACUUACGUUCCCUGCUGCCCCAGCAUUUCCUUUCAGCUUCCCUGGCCUGUUCCCCUCUGGACUUUAUCACCGGCCGCCACUCAUUCCUGCCACAACUUCUCCUGUCAGACAGCCAUCCCACGCACCUGUUGCUGGACCUGGAGUAGAGCUGAGCAAGAGUCCUUUGCUGCCUCCAAGCCCUGGUGCUCAGGAGUCUCAAGAACUUCUCAAAGCUCUCCGCAAAGACGGCGGUUCACCUGGAAGUCAAAUGCCAGUGUCAGACAGCCAGGCCUCAUCCUAUACCAAGCAAAAGAACAAGCAGAGUGACCAGUCUGAAAGCAGUGACCUGGAUGAUGUCAGCACACCCAGUGGAAGUGAUCUAGAGAGCACGUCAGGCUCCGAGCUCGAAAGCGACAUGGACAGUGAGAGGGAGAGGGGGGCUGCUCGAGAAAACGGAAAAGGUCCAAAGAGGAAGGCCAGUGAAGGAGGCCCUCAAAGCCCCGGCCUGAUGGGCAGCAGCGCUGCUAAAGACUUUCCAGGCCCUUCCCUCAUCCCGUCCCCGCUGGACGAACACACAGCUGUAACAGGAGCUGUGAAUGACUCUAUUAAGGCCAUUGCCUCAAUUGCCGAGAAGUAUUUUGGCUCCACUGGGCUAGCUGGCCUACAGGACAAGAAGGUUGGGUCUCUUCCCUAUCCUUCUAUGUUUCCACUGCCUUUCUUCCCAGCGUUCUCCCCUCCGGUUUACCCCUUCCCAGACAGAGACCUCAGAACUGCAGGCCUGAAGGGGGAGCCACAAUCACCUGCAGAUGACUGCAAGAAGGCCCAAGGGAAGUCUUCAUCCGAGUCCCCAUUUGACCUCACCACCAAGCGAAAGGAGGAAAAGUUAGCAUCCUUUGCGUCUUCCAAACCAGAAAUGGCCCAAUCUAUGGGUCAGGAUCAGCCACUAGAUUUGAGCCUUGGGGCCAGGGGCCGUGGGCGUAAUCCAAGAGAGGAGGAGACGAAAAAGAAUCCAAAUUACGAAGAGGAGAAAGGAGUGGUGGAGAUCCCAAAAGCAGACACUUCCUUACAACAUGCUAGGCCCACCCCUUUCUUCAUGGACCCCAUCUAUAGGGUUGAGAAGAGGAGAAUGAGCGAUCCGUUUGAGACUCUGAAAGACAAGUACAUGCGACCCGCUCCGGGCUUCCUUUUCCAUCCACAGUUUCAUUUGCCAGAUCAGAGAACUUGGAUGACUGCAAUCGAGAACAUGGCAGAGAAGCUGGAAACGUUUGGCUCCUUGAAGCCAGAGCCUGGUGACCUGCUGCGCUCGGUUCCCUCCAUGUUUGACUUCAGAGCUCCGCCCUCGGCGCUUCCCGACACGCUACUGCGCAAGGGAAAGGAGCGCUACACAUGCAGAUACUGUGGAAAAAUAUUCCCUCGCUCUGCCAACCUGACACGCCACCUGAGGACUCACACAGGAGAGCAACCGUAUAGGGAUUUCUUGUCUACAUUUGGGGGCAUCAAGUUCAAACACAUGAUGACUGGAAUGUAUUUUCUUUCUAUAGGAACUGCAAUGUCGUCCCCACAGUCUGAACUGGACAGCAGCAGCGCCAUACUGGAUGACAAAGAGGACUCUUAUUUCAACGAAAUAAGAAAUUUUAUCAGCAACACAAGCCAGAACCAGACAUCACCGGACCCCUCAGAGGAAGGGCUAAAUGGCGGUCCAUUUGAAGAAGAAAAGCCACUGAUGGCCAGCCAUAGGUCACAUGACCUGGAAGAUGAGGAAGCGGAAGAGUUAGGUGCGGAUGAAGAAGAAGGGGAGGAGCCUAGCAACACCCCUGAAAAAUCAGAAAGCAAGGUGCUCCGAAGCGACCUCAGUGAUCCCAUCAUACAAGAUGAAAUGGACUUGAGUGAGCCAAAUGACUUGAAUCUCAGCUGCAAAACUUCUCCAAGGAGGUAUAAAGACGAGGAGGAGCAGAGCAGCUACUCAGCCUUGGAUCACAUCCAUCGCUUUACUGAAAUGCGCAAGCUGGACGAGAGCGAACUGAGUGACGGAGAUGGGGAUGGGGAUGAGGAGGACGGCUCAUUUGGUUCCCCAUCUCUGACUGAGUCAGUCAAACAGCCGCUCUUUAGGAAAUCAAAGUCUCAGGCUUAUGCCAUGAUGCUGUCCCUGGCUGAAAAGGACACUCUUCACCCAGCUACCCACACCCCAGCCACCAUGUGGCACAGUCUGGCACGGGCUGCCGCUGAAUCCAGUGCCAUCCAAUCCCUCAGCCAUGUAUGAUGACACCUCUUUGCACCUACCUUUUCAGCUCUCAACCCGACCCUGAUCCACCUAUGGCACUGGCAGUCCAUUGCAGGGGCUAUUUUGCAGGAAUCCCUGAUUGUCCACAGAGUGACUGCUGAGCAGGAACCACAGCCCACCCGACUGCUGAGCGAGGCGCCUUACCCCCAAAACACGGCAACUGCCCAUGCAAAAUCCAUCCCAACCCAAGCCCCCCCCCCCAAAAAAAAAACCUCCA